UCUUUCUUUACUUUACAGUCAGCGACUUCAUUUUUAUGUCACCCUGAGCUUAAAAAUGGUCGUUGCUCCAUUUUUUUUUAACAUAUAUUUUCUGUCUCAGCGUCUCCAUUUUCAGAACCAAAAUCCAAUUUACUCUGUCUGAGAGAGUUACAUUUUUAGAGAACUUGCUGUCUUUUUGUUUGUUUGUUUGUUUGAAGCUCCCUGCUACCCAUUACUACUAUUCUGCUCUUCUCUUCAAACAGGUCUAGUUGAUGAGAAAUGGCUGGUUUUGAAAAAGAUGAUAUACCUAUGCUUUCAGACACACAUGCGCAAUUCUUUGAUGAACAUCCGGAUUCUCGAUUUCAGAGAUUUGCAUCCACAACAAGGGGUUCGUCAAUUUCUAUUCCUAUGAACUCACUGGAUUCCUAUGAUAGUGAAACUAACCUUGUGGGCUAUACUGGUCCCUUACGGAGUGAAAGAAGGACUCCAUUCACACAGAUGAGUGGUCCAUUAUAUGUUAGCCGUAAACCUGAAAGCCUUUUUCCGGUUAAUCAAGGUGUAACUGGACAAAAAAAAGCAGAACCUGUGCCAGAAAAGUUUACUUCUUCCAGAGGAAAGGAUCAGAAUGACUGGCCGAAUGACAACUAUGCUACCAAAAAUGAACAUUUACUGAGGUCUGGACAGUUAGGAGUGUGCAAUGAUCCUUAUUGCACAGUUUGCCCAACAUAUGACAAUUUCAGAGCCACUCAACAAAAGAACUCAAUAGCUUCAUCUGUAUUUGAUCAUAAGUUCCAUAAUGUUCUCUAUGGGGAUGCCAAAGGCUGGGCUAGGAGAUCUUUUUCCUUUCUCCAACAAUAUAUUCCUGGGGUCAUGAACCCUCAUACUAAAGUUGUGCAACGAUGGAACAAAUUUUUUGUCAGUUCUUGCUUGGUGGCAGUUUUCGUAGACCCAUUAUUUUUCUUCUUGCUGUAUGUACUAAAGGAUAACAAGUGUAUAAUAAUUAACUGGCCCAUGACCACUACAAUUGUGGUUUUCAGAAGUAUGACUGAUCUGAUAUACUUCUUUCACAUGCUUCUUCAGUUUAGGUUGGCUUAUGUGGCCCCAGAGUCGCGAGUGGUUGGUGCUGGAGAGUUAGUUGACCAUCCAAAGAAAAUUGCUCUUAAUUACAUUCGUGGAUGCUUUUUUAUUGACUUGUUUGUUGUAUUACCUCUUCCUCAAAUCAUAAUAUUGUUAGUUCUACCAAAAUCUUUGGGAGGAGCAAAUCAUGCUAAAAAUCUUUUACGGGCAGCUGUUCUUGUUCAGUACACUCCUAGAUUGUAUAGGUUUCUACCUCUACUUGCUGGUCAGUCUCCAAGUGGAUUUGUAUUUGAGUCAGCAUGGGCAAAUUUCAUUAUAAAUCUUCUCACCUUCAUGUUGUCUGGCCAUGUUGUUGGGUCAUGCUGGUAUCUCUUUGGGUUGCAGAGGGUUAAUCAAUGUCUUCGACUUGCCUGUCAUAACUCUGGACUCGAUGCGUGCGUGAGUUUCAUAGAUUGUGGGAAUGGGAAACAUCCUGAACAUUUUCCCAAUACUUCAACAUGGAAUAGCUGGAAAGGCAAUGACAAUGCCACUGCUUGUUUUACUGAAGAUGGCUUUCAUUAUGGAAUCUACUUGUCAGCUGUCAAUCUUACUACGGAACAUAGCAUCGUAACCAGAUAUAUAUUUUCAUUAUUCUGGGGAUUCCAGCAAAUCAGUACACUUGCUGGAAAUCAAACUCCAAGCUACUUUGUUUGGGAAGUCCUUUUCACCAUGGCCAUUAUUGGGCUGGGCCUCUUGCUCUUUGCUCUUCUCAUUGGAAAUAUGCAAAAUUUUCUUCAGGCUCUUGGGCGGAGGAGGUUAGAAAUGUCUCUGAGACGUCGUGAUGUUGAGCAAUGGAUGAGCCAUCGACGCUUGCCAGAAGAACUAAGAAGGCAAGUACGGCAAGCUGAACGGUAUAAUUGGGCUGCUACUAGAGGAGUAAAUGAAGAAAUACUUUUGGAGAAUUUACCUGAAGACCUACAGAGAGAUAUAAGACGCCAUCUCUGCAAAUUUGUAAAGAAAGUUCGGAUAUUUGCCCUGAUGGAUGAUCCUGUCUUAGAUGCCAUUUGUGAGAGACUAAGGCAAAAGAUAUACAUUAAAGGAAGCAAAAUUUUAUAUCAUGGUGGUCUGGUUGAGAAGAUGGUUUUCUUUGUACGUGGAAAAGCAGAGAGCAAAGGAGAAGAUGGCAUUGUAGUUCCCUUAUCUGAAGGGGAUGUUUGUGGUGAGGAACUUCUAACAUGGUGUCUUGAGCAUUCUUCAGUAAGCAAAGAUGGAAGAAAAAUAAGGAUUUUUGGACAGAGAUUGCUUAGCAACAGGACAGUAACAUGCUUAACAAAUGUAGAAGCAUUUUCACUCCGGGCUGCAGACAUUGAGGAAGUCACCAGUCUUUUUGCAAGAUUCUUGCGGAAACCACGUGUUCAAGGGGCCAUAAGGUAUGAAUCACCCUAUUGGAGAUCCCUUGCAGCAAGCCGAAUUCAGGUAGCAUGGAGAUACAGAAAGAAACGUCUAAAUCGUGCAGAUACCUCUCAAUCUAAUAAUUCAUCAAGAUAGUGAUUCCAACUAUUGCAUCAUAUACAUGCACAGUUUUAUGCGACUCCUUGUAGAUCCUGACCAUCACAUGAAGCUAUAAAUUUUGAUAUACUAGUGCAGUCUCGUAAUGACUUAUGGCUGCCCAAAUACCUGGUCAUGGUGUAUGUGCAUUAAUGUUGCCAAGUAGGCAUGUCCAACUUCAGAAAUUAGAUCUUUGGCUACCAAUGGCAAGUGGGCGAUCUCUACAAAAAUUUAUUAUUUGUUGGGAAGAGAUUAGUAUUCUGUAAUAUGUACACUGACAGAAAUAA